AUGCAAUUUCACUUUAUUCACGAUACCCUAACAUUCUUAUCUUCGCCAACGUUACAGCAUGAUCAUGACUCUCUUUUCGCACAACAAGUAGCGAAUCCUCCCUAUCGUCUUGUGUUACCAUUGGAUAUCUUAUUGGCCCCAAGCCGCAGAAGUCUAACCCAUUUGCCAAGACCCCAAAACUCAUUCCUUCUUUUUCGUAAAGACUAUAAUGAGAGAAUUCGUCUUUCAAAUCGUAAUAAAUCAAAAAAAUUAAGUGUAAAAACGAUUUCAGAGAAUGCAAAACUCGAAUGGAGUCAACAACCUCUAAUUGUGAAAAACUUUUUUAAAGUUUUGGCAAAAGAGGCUGAUAAACAUACUACAGUGGUUGAGAACGUAUCAACCUUUGAUAUCAAUGGCAGUAUUGCUUCCGAUGUUGACAUCAUUGAACUUGAGAAAUAUUUCGACAUCCAGGCCUACUAUAAUGAUAAAAAAUAG